UUAAGACCGUUUCAGGGGGCCAAACUAUACACACGUAAGGCGCGAGCCGUGCGGAGGUCAGACGCCCGAAAGGACGUAGCGGAGCGAUGCUGGAGAUGGCGCUGCCGUGGCUGCUGGCCCUGGAAAUCGUGCUUUACUCCGGCUGCUUUAUCUGCGGAAUUAUCUCUGCUGCAUCCCUCACGAUGACUCAGGGUCAGUUCGCCGGGCAGUGCGUCCUCUACGGCAGCGUCUACUACAACAAGUCAACGCAGUCCAUCGGCAUCGAAAGCGCCAGCUCCCCCUCCCUUUGCUACUUUGUCUCGGCCAUCUCCAUCUGCGUGUCAGUCUACUGCCUGUCCCUCAUCCUCUACUGGAUCUACAGCAGCUGUGUCGACGGAGAGUUCAAGCGGGGCAGCGUCUGGAUGAGCGUGUCCCUCGGUUCCUGCGGCGUCGUCUCCUUCUUCCUGCUGCUGUCCGGCUGCAUCUUGAGGAUCGGGAGGGACCACCUGUGCCAGUCUCUCCUGCACAGCGUCCCGGCAGUGAACAGUUGCGAAGUGGCACAGAAUAAGACAUGGACCAGCCCUGUGAAUGGGCAGCAGUUCUACCAGGGCUUCGAGAGCGCCGAGAAAUCCGUUUGGGUCAACUUCUUCUUCUGGAUGCUGGUGGUGGUGGUGGUGUCCGUGCAGAGGCGCAGUACCUCAGAGUACAGGCAGGGCGGCGCCGAUUGGAACCCGGCCGAAGCCGAGCCCUUCUUCCACACGUCAAGCAGGACCUAGUCGACCACAGUGAGCCUCUCCUGCUCCUGCCUUGAGCGCUGUUUGUCCCUCGUUCCUGGGGAAGCUGUGUUUUUCUUUCACUGUGCUUUUAAAUCUCAGCCCCUGUGGGUACCUGUUGAGACUUGGGAAUAAACCAGACCACUGGCUGCACUG